AUGGACAAAAGUUGGAUGAGUUUGGGUGAUAGACUUCUAUCACCUGCUUACGCUGAAGGGGUUAACAGUUUCCUUACAAUGGCACGAACUCAUUCCAUGGGAAGUGAUCGCAUUCGGUGUCCGUGCCGUAUAUGCUGUAAUAACCUCUUCUUGACUAUAUUUCAGGUGGAGUCGCACCUGUUCAUAAAAGGGAUAGAUCCAACUUACACUCACUGGAUAUUUCGUGGGGAGGAGGAAACACUCCCCAUCAUUGACGAUGAUGUUGAUCUCGGAGUUGAAAGUGGAGACGUGUACAUUGAUGACAUGGACCGUAUGUUCAAUGACAUACGGGCAGCCACAUUUGGAGAUGCUCCUGAAGACAACACAACGGAGCCAACUCAAUCAGCAAUACCACAAUCCUCCCCAUCCACUACUUUUGACCAACUAUUAGAGGAUGCCCAACGUCCUCUUUUUGACGGCUGCACAAAAUUCUCAAAGCUCUCUUUCGUAGUGAAGUUGUUACAUAUUAAAACACUUGGUGGGUGGUCAAUCAAGUCUUUUGAUAUGCUUCUAAGCCUUUUGCGGUUAGCCUUUCCUAAUGUUGAAUUGCCACAAUCAUAUGAGGAGGCAAGGACAUUGGAGCGCGGUUUGGGUUUCACGUACCACAAAAUUCAUGCAUGUCCUAAUGACUGCAUCUUAUUCUGGAAGGAGAAUGCUAAUCUUAAUGAGUGCCCUAUCUGUAAGGCUUCGCGAUGGAUGCCAAAUACACAUGGCUCACGAGUGAUCCCUCAAAAAGUGCUUAGGCAUUUUCCUUUGAAGCUGAGAUUGCAGCGUUUGUUUGUGUCAAGCAAGAUAGCAGGUGACAUGAGAUGGCAUAAGGAGCAGCGGGUCACCGAUGAGACUAGUAUGAGACAUCCUGCUGACUCUGAAGCCUGGAAGACAUUUGAUCAAGCUAACCCCAGAUUUGCACGGGAUGCACGCAAUGUUAGGCUUGGUUUGGCAAGCGACGGAUUUAAUCCCUUCAACAACCUGGCUAAACCUUAUAGCAUUUGGCCAGUGAUUCUUGUCCCGUAUAACUUACCACCGUGGUUAUGCAUGAAAGACAUGUUCUUCAUGACAUCCCUCAUUAUCCCUGGCCCAAAAUCACCAGGGAAUGAUAUUGAUGUUUAUUUGCAACCGUUAAUUGAUGAGUUACUUGAACUUUGGGAACAUGGGGUACCUACAUUUGAUGCAUCUACUAAGGUUAUUGUGGACAAUCAACGACUUUCCCGCAUAUGGAAAUCUAUCUGGGUGGUCAACAAAAGGGAAACUGGCAUGUCCGUCUUGCAAUGCAAGUACAGAUUCUAA